CGUGAAUCUGUGUGGAGUGUCGGUACUCUUACAUUCGGCGUCGAGUUGGUGUAGAAGACAUUUAUCAUAUUCAUUGUAUUACCGCGUAGGAUGAGCAACAAAGUCCGUUUCAAUUUCUAACUAAUUACAAAGACCCAAUUCUCUCUUGCUGUUGUACAAGCAAUAAAACUACUGUGUAGGUCAGAGUAAGUACAAACAACAUGAGCAUCAGCUUGAGAAAAUAAUAGGAACAAUCCUUCUACAGCACAACUCGCUGAGCGUUCUACUUUACGACACUGUCAAGACCAAGAGAUAGGGAAAGCAACCCACGCCAUGCCCACCAAGAACAACAACACGUCGUCGUCUGGUGCGCCGCGUGCGCCCUCCGCGGACUUGCGUGCUCCCUCGACAGAUUCCCUGUUCCGCAUUCCGCAUAGUAAAAAUUCCAAGUGUACGGAUGCGCUAGAGAGUGUUGCCGAGGCAAAUAUCGGGAUGAGCGGUCGUGAGGGCGAUGCGUCACAACAAAUAGAACGAGCUGCAACCAGUGAGGAUGGAAGCGCCAGCCCUAGUAGUCUGCCUGUGGUAGGUGGCGGUAUUCUUCGUGCUGCUCCGACUGUCACUAUUACCUCCAGGAGGCCGAGUGGUGUUGUCGUGGAACAUCAUACGCUAGCAGACGAUGACGACGACGAAAAUGUGGAAGUGAUCAUGGACGAUACGACGACCGACGCCUUGUCGCAUCAUGCGCGUGGUCCUCGUCAAGUGUCUAGAGCACAACAGCAUGCAGCAGGACGAUCAAAUGAGGAUGUCGUGUCGUCGACAGAUGAUAGUUCAGAGGCUGACUCAGACGAAGACGCAAGUGCACUCUUAUACGGCGAGGAGAGCGACGUGCUAUGGCGAAAUCCGGAAAUUGCGCAGACCCCGGUUCUUCUUGGUGCGUCUACACCAGACGAGGUCUUUGAGCAGCAAAUCGCUGGUCACAAUAUGGCUGCGACACCACAGGAGGUCUUGGGAGUAGCAACGCGAAAACACAGCAGAAUGUGGGAUUGUUCAGCUGAAAAAGGCGCUUCAAAUCUGCUAUUAAGGAAAUAUCAAAAGAGAAACUUAGACCACUACUCAGUACAGGUACACUAAGUACCCAUUUUUUAGUUGGGGUCGUAGCUGUAUCUUCUUUAAGGAAGACCAUGUUUUUCAUCGAUCUAUAUGAAUAUGAUGUAGUUCAGAAGGAACAGUAGAGGACCACCCACCUGCUGAGGGUGACUUCUAAAAAUAGUGCAUGAGAGUGGCAAUAUCCGUGGUCAUGGAGGCAUCAGGAGAAAGAGCACCGUGGAUGAGAUUUCACACCUCGAGCGAUCCAUACGGUCAAUUGGAGGCUCUCCAGCGGCAUCUGUGACAACUCUCUAUUCCAUGACUGGCGGCGGCGGUCCAGGCGGAGGUAAAAUACUACAACACCUUUGUCCUUGUUUGAAUUCGAUUUUCAUUUUGCUUCUCGUUAGUUCAGCUUACUAGGUAUCGUAAGCGUAACUCCUCCAAAUGCUAAUCUUUGUUUUUGUGCGUGACCUGAAGAGCAUAUUAGCACUUUCGCCAGAAGAUAGAAGAAACGUUCCCUUCCCUUCUUGCGACUGAUGCUAUUGUACAGUUGCAGCGAAAUUCGAUUUUUCUCUUCAGGUGGCGGCAAACAAAGCAAAGGAAGCACCCGUUUUUCGGGAGCAGAAGAACAGGACAGUACUCGCGCGGCCUCAAAGGUCUCGUCUGCCAGUUCGUCGUCGUGCAUGGGCGUGAAUGAUAGUGCACGUGUUAGGGAUCCUCCAGGCAAUGGACAAGUAUCCUUGGGUCGAGCUGCCCCCGCUGUGUAUCAGUUCCAACAUCGAAAUCUUUUGGAAGGAGUGUCUUCAAGCUCCGGCAGAGGGCGAGGUGAACCGCACGCAAACAGAGGAGAUGAUGCGAGUCUUCCUCAUCGAAAGGGAGAAAUGGCUACCUCGUCUUUGCAUCCACCUAACCUGUACCACGAUGCACGGAAUAGCCACGAGUUGAUCAUGAUGAGAAUGAAUGCCACUUCUACUCCUUCUGCGAUGAUUCGCGGAACGAAUAACUCUACGACAGCUCUGAAAAACCAUCUUCCUGGAGCUGUACCAUCAGCAAAUGCAAGUAACUACCUGGGAUUCAACAAUACCACCAUACAACGUGGGGGUGCGAAGAACCGAUCAGCCUCGUACGACUCAUCUGUAUGCACGAAUACGCUGAAUCCCAUGCUUGGUCGAGCUAAUCUCGCAGGUGGCGGUCCGCACCGUGCGACGCAACGCACAACAUUCGCUCCUCAAACGCGCACGAGGGAUCUAUCAGCAAGAUCCCGAGCGGUACACCAGACUGCAUAUGGAGAUGCUGCCACUGCAAAUAAUGCUGAUCCUCAUUCUCAUUCGCGAGGCCCUCGCGCAACUUCAAAAGACCCACAGCCAGGCAGAGGCGUGCACAUAGGCGGCGCAGUGGAAUAUCAUCCGACAAGGUAACUCUCCCUAUCACUGAUCUCGUCCACUGCUUUCAUCUCUGUUCUUGACGCUAGUUUUUUUUUUGGAUCCCGGGGCUACUGAAGGAGCGGCCCCAGCUUUAUCCGGUUCGCAAACCGGCGGCGGGUGGAGUCCGGUUACCUCCUUAUAAUAAUGUGCACUAAUUGCCUACGAACCCGCCGACUCUAAAACGAUGAACCCUAGGGGUGAAGGAGGUGGGUUAAGAGUCUUAUACAAACCUCCACCGGCUGCCAACCGUCCCACUCUUAUACGCCUACCUUCAAGGCACGAGCGCAGGGGAUGCCGACCCUGCUAACUCUUGACUAGUGCGCAAUCAACUGACAAGUGAACAACUAGAAAUAGAUGCCUACUGGCGUAAGGCCCUAAGUACAAAACGUUUUGCAUUGUUGGGGGGGCACUAACCUAGUUUCUCUUAUCUUCACUGCCUCGCGCUCCCUCCUUUCGCGGCGUGCACCAUCCUCAACCGGAUCCCGCUUCCGCAAUCGCCAUAAAAUACCCAAAAAGAAAAACAGAAACCGGAGAGGUUACUCCUACCAAAGGGGCUACCUUAUGCCUGCUAGCCACUUCUCUGCUAAGAGCGGGCGGGAGAUAUAAGGAUCGGCGAGGGAGAGCGAUGGGGCGCUCUCCCCCUUUUCAAUCAAGCUGCGCGUAAGAUCUGGAAUCUUUCUAUUCUUCCGUCCUCUUUCUUUUUGUCCGUAAACAAGUCCGCGCCUCUCGACUCAUACAUGACAGAAGUUGGGAACACUCUAGACCCCAAUCAGUUUCCAAAAGGCGACUGGCGGGUCACCAAAAUGCUUAAAAGUCACCCAGGUAGGUAGGUGGCACUUAUGCACUUCGGUUUCACUCGACUCGCAACAGAACUAUUUCCGGGAUUCAUCCACCGGCUUUCACCACAAAAAUCCAAGAGCUAUCCAAGUGCGACGGCCUCACGCUAGUGAGGAUUAUUCAUCAAGUAUGAUACAACUCACUCUCAUUUACGAACAUCACACACUGAACCUGAAGUGGCAUCUCAACACAGGCGCGUCCGGUCCGCGGAGCGAUGGCUACGUCGUGUGUUAUCGCAAGACGUUCCACGACUACCGCGUUGUCGGACCAUCAAACCCGACGAUAAAGAAGAUGCAGGUGCGAAAAAGAAAGGAAACAAGGUUGCCCUAUCGCCAACUACGAAACGGAAAUAUCAAGAAAAUGGAACUGAGUACUGCUAUUGUUUUCUUUCUAUGAUCCAUGGAGAAAAUAUUGCGAGAUUGUGCCUCCUCAACAUCCACAAGUAGAGACAACGUUACAAUAAACUCGAGGAUUGGAAUUCCGACUCUAACUGCAUUUGUGUUUGCUGCGCCUGCGGACGGCGCAGCUGCAGUCGUCAUUUCCUAUUUUUACCUGGUGUACGUGUACGUCUACGUGUACCUGCAUCAAUUUUAAUACUCAAGUUACUGACUCUGACUCAGCGAACAAGAUGAACUAUCUUCAAGUACAGCUAGUAUGAAACCCAACAACUACAGGUUUUUUCGUCAUGGUUCGCGGACUUCCCAGAAAUCGACUGUCGACGAUGGGAGGUCGUCAGACAGUGACGAUUCGUCUUCCUCGGAUUCUGCAAGUUCCUCAGAGACCGAUGCAAGCAGUGAAUGGUCGAGCUCCGACGCACAACAGGAGACAAAGAAGGACCGUCGAUUGCGCGAAAGUAAGGAGUCGUCACGCGGUGCAAAGUACGAGGAAAAGCCAUUUCGAGCAUUCUGUUGUCCAAAUAAGGAAUGCUUCGAGACAUUGCAGAAUUUUCUACAAGGAAGUUUUGCAUUCUCCCAGCCACCUAGGGCACAAGGCGCAAGUAAAGCAGGAGGACGGCGAGGUGGGAACCGCUGAACAGGAAGAGGGUGGAAAGAUAGCCUUUUCCUGCUUCGAAUUCAAUCAUUAUCAUAAUCAUGCCAUGCUAAAUAUUAUAAUUAUUCUCAGUGCACCACUGAGACUGAGUAAAGUCUAUCAGAUUGCUGCAUACCUAUCCCUAACCGCAUCAAUAUCAAGCAUUUGCAUUAGGAUUAGUUGCCACACAGCUCUCCAUUAACAUACUAAGAAUAAGUGUAGAUGUUUGACAAACAGGAGAUUUCUUUAUUCCCAGAUCAACAUGAAGCCCAGAUUUAUCCUAACAGAAAAUAGUCCAGCAGGGGACGAGUCGCAGUAGCACCAGCAUGAUAAAUGACCGGAGUCAAAAGUAAGUGAAUCUAAUCCGAUUCGCAAUUGCAUUAUAUAUAUAAUCGAGCUAAAAAGUAAAAACUUGCAACAGAUCAAGAAGAAGAAAAACUACAAGUUAGUAGCAAGAGAGUUUAUUUGAGACUGAGAAACACUGGGUGCGGGUGGCUCUAGAGAUUGUCGCAGAAUACUGCAGACCGAGGGGACCUCACCAAGAUUUUUUCUGAGUAAGUCCAUCUACGUAGUAGGAGACCCAGCACUAGAAUGUUGCAUUUAUAGCGCACCUAGGAUCUAUGUGGUUUUUU